GGAAAACUAUCUUUUAAGACAGGUUUUGUUCAAGUCAAUGAAGUUAACACACAUUCUUUAUUGUCGAUAUACUGCCGGAGCCGGAGUAUAUCCAUAUGGGUGUUGCAGAGUCAGUUCUUUUUGCUAGUAAAGCAAUCAGGGUGCUUCGAAAUCCAAGCCCUGCUUUUAGGUUUCGGGAUGCUGUUUAUCAUCUGCAGAUGCCUAGAGGCUCUCAGAAAAUUCAAGGAUUUACUGUCUAUUUUUCCUUCCAUAAGGAGCCUCUCAUGGAUAGUAAACUGAUCGGAGAAGAAUUGCUUCCACAAUCUGAGUCUGAUAAGAUUGAAGCUAUGCUUCUAGACCUAAAGAUAUCAAAGGUAAAGAGCCUGGUUCAUUUUGUCCAGGAAUCAUCUGCGUUUCACAAAAGACCGUUUGAGUGUGCUGUAGACUCUAUUCGGGCUAACGCGGCCAGUCAUCUUUGGCAGCUUGCGGUUGUCCGCGCUGACUUGAUUGGACAUCUGAAGGCCCUAAAAGACUAUUUUCUUUUAGCAAGAGGAAACUUCUUCCAGGUAAAUGAUGGACAAUAG